AUGAUCUAUUGCGUCACAUGGCAUCCCCGGAACUGGGCAUCAGUUGUUCUGUUGCUGACCAUCUCGCAACCUACGGCAGCCAAGCACAGCCUAAUCUCUUCCACAAGCGUGAAGAUAGCGGACGGGGUUUUCUGCUUACCAAACCCGCCAUCAGACCGAGUAUGUCGUGCGACUCCAGCGAUAUCAGAAUAUUUGUAUGUGAAGGCUCUGGAUAAACUUCACCUGGACAGACUGCCAGCUGGUCGACGGAAGAAGUUGCGUCGCAGGCUUCGGGAGUCAUCUUGUAUAGGCGACGGAGGCGAUUUUCCUGCACUGAAGAGGGAGUAUGGCUACGAGUAUUUCGUGUGUACUUUUCACUUCCAAGUUUAUGAGGAUGCCGAACCAUUCGGCGUUUUCCUUCCAAGCGAUGACCAAGACAAGAUCGGAGACUGCGACAUUUUGCCAUGGUUGAUACGGUUAUCUACCACUGGCAAAGGAGUUGCAGUUGAUAUCGGAGCGGGUGACUCUGGCUCGUGCAGUUGGCCCUUGCUCAGUGAAGGCCAUGUAGUUCACAUGUUCGAGACCGGCUACAGCCUCGGCCGCGAUGGCACAGCAGCAGAGCGCCAGUACGUAGAAGAUCUCUUCGAGAACGUGGACAAGAUCGAUUUAUUGAAGAUAGACGUGGAUGACCGUGCGAGUUACGAAGCCGUGUUUGCUGGUGUCCGCGCCGUCCUCCACAAGACCGAAAUCGUUCAGGUUGAGAUGAUAGAAGCAGAAAUCGGCAGGUCUGGAAUGCUGUGGAUCAUGGGGAUCAUGCAGUCCCACAACUUUCUCAUGUUCGGCUUGGAGGAUGUGGAGACAUUUCCUGGUUUUCGACAUGGCAGUCUGGGGCACGAUUGUGUCAACAGCACAUUGCCCAUCCGAAUGCAUUCAGAGGCAGUUGAGACCGGGCGCGUGCCAUACGAAUAUGGCAAAGACGGCCCUGGGAAGAUUCGCAUGUUUCCCAUCUGCGAGUGUGGCACUGGAGUGAUGGGCCAAGGAGCAAGGUCACAGAGCUUUAUGGAUCUUGUGAGUUCCAGCACCGUCUCGUUAGCGUCCACCCUCCUGUUGAUGGUCAAUGUGUACUGUGGAGCCAAGUACAAUGGGAUGUCGGCCCGGUUGUGCGCAUCCAGAGCAGUGUUGGGCACAGCGAGCCCAGCCAAUAUGUCCAGCUUCCUGUUUGUCUGCGCUGUACAACAGUGUCAAUGGAAGCAUUUGCAGCGUUCCGGCUUUGACGAUGCGAAUGUAAGCUCGGACACCUAUGGGCUCGCACAGGCCAAGAGUUUGUGCAUGCUCCGUGGCAAUGACUGUCAAGGCGUGUUGUGCAGCAACCCUGUGCAUUCCAGACAUUGCCACCUGGUCAAAGGCAAGAAGCUCGCACUUGCUUCCCAAGGAGUGCACGUGAAAGAGUGUCUAUAUGCUGGGGUAUGCCAGCAGGACCGGCAACCCAUUCACACACAUUCUGCCGAGCUGAAUGCUGCAAUCGUUGUUCUUGGCCACAAUCGAGAGAGCGAUUUGUUUGAGUGCUUGAAGUCACUUCUGAGUUUAAGAGAGGCAGGCAUGUUUAAGGUAUACGUGUCAUUAGAUGAUCCGGAAUACUAUUCAAGGAUGGCAGAGGUGGCUACAAGAAUUGCCAAGCAGUAUAACCAGAGUGUUGUGACGAUGUCUGUGCCGAAGAGAGAGGUCAACCACACAUCUGACAACGAAGAGCAGCAGAAAUGGUUUAGCACGAACACAGGCAAGAUCGCUCACCACUACUGGGCAGCUUUCGAAAGGGUCUUUCUGGUGGAGGAGUUCACGCACGCAGUUUUCGUGGAGGAAGACUUAGUUUUUGCACCUGAUUUCCUUGCCCUGUUCCUCAGCACCUGGCCGCUUUUUCAGCAGGAUGAAAGUUUGUGGUGCGUGAGUGCCUGGAAUGACGCGGGGUUUACCUUCGAAGUUUCUGACCAGUGUCGCCUUUUCAGGACGACAUACUUUCCUGGUUUGGGCUUCAUGUUGCCGCGACAUUCUUGGUUAAAGCUGCGUGAGCAGUGGCCGUCUGCGCCAACGAUGGGUUGGGAUUAUUGGAUGCGCACUGCAUUCCGUAGAUGGAGCAAGGAAUGCAUAGUUCCAGAAGUCCCACGAAGCCGCCACUUCAGCCAGAAUGGUUCAUCCAUCACUCAGGCCAAGCAAGUUGAGUACUUCCAGUCCAUGGCCUUAGCGAGCCUCGCAAGCUCCUGCAGCGGCUCAUCGAGCUGUGACCACUUUGGCAACCUGUCCUACCUCAUACAGGCAAAUUAUGAAAGUUGGAUACUGCGUGCUACCCAAAUGGCCGUACCGCUCAAGGGUGUCAGCGUUGUGCAUCAGGAAGGAUACCAGUGCGACACGGAAGCUGUCAAUCUUGGAGCCCAUGCCGAUCCGGACACGUGUGCUGUGCUUGCCGGCUGGAGCCGUUGUUCAAAGUAUUUUAUGUUUGCACCCAACUACCCCAAUUGGGGGUGCAGAUGCUGUCAGGAUUAUCAGCCUGUGGGAAAGGCACAUGCGGCAUGGACGUUAUACGAAGCACGCACAACGGGGGUCUUGGAUCCGAAGAACUUGUACAUCUUGCCUUAUGUCAGAGAAUCGUACGUACACAUCGCACCAAUCUUUGGACUGGUUCCCAUGAAAAUGAACAAUGUGAUUCCGCCUGAUGUCCGGGCUGAGCAUCAUGGGCUGGUAGUGGGACGUCAUGCCGUUUUCCAGGCUGUUGUCCUUUUCGCAGACAGGAGAAGUGAGAAGCCGUACCUUCCAAAGCCCAUGCGUGUUGUGCGGGAUGCCCACAUCGCCCCAGUAAGGGCAGAGCGCGGAGAAAGCUGUGACGCUGCUUGUGCCAAGUCGGGCCAGCUAUGUGACGCAGAAGCCUUGCAUUUUCUCAACAAUUGUGCUGACAUGGAGGAGGCUUUUGGUUGCAGAUACUGCGCCCAUCAGGUGGGGCAGGAGCUGCCAGCAUAUGUUGGUGACAGCUUCCAGCCUACCGUCGGGCAAUGCUUGGUGACCUUCAUAUCGCACAUGUCUUGUCAGGGGAAGCGUGUCAUCAUGCGCCUCGUCAGUGAUGGUGCCCCGAAACGGAACACUGCCCUCUCUUUGUCAGAGGGCUUCUCGGGUGCCAAACAUGACGGAGCGCUAGCCGCCACAACGCAGGGCACUUGGCCAGGACGACCAGGGAAGGCCCAAGCAUAUCCAGGACUUGAGCAUGGUGCCAUGGAGAGAUACGAGCGCCUGCGCGAACUUGGCCGUGGCUCGUACGGUUGUGCCGUCCUUGUUCGGGAGAGAAGGAAUCGUCGACAGCGUGUCAUCAAAGAGAUUGAUUUGUCGCGCAUGCCUCUUUCCUCGCAGAGGGAAGCCAAGAACGAAGCCGAUGUGCUGAAGCGGCUGAAACACCCGAAUAUUGUGGAAUACUGCGAGUCUUUCCUGGAGGGGCAGAUGCUCUGCAUCGUGAUGGAAUAUGCCGACGGUGGGGAUCUGAGCCAUUUGAUCAAAGGGAGGAAGGCUGCAUCGGAGAUCAUUUGUGAAAGCGAAGCCUUGAAGAUCUUUGGACAGAUCUGCCUUGCCAUCCAGCAUGUACACACUCAACACAUACUGCACCGCGAUCUGAAGUCUCAGAAUAUUUUCUUGACGCAAGGGGGCUGUGUGAAGCUAGGGGAUUUUGGCAUCGCCAAAGUUCUUGCACACACAGCUGCCGAAGCGAUCACCAUGAUCGGAACUCCGCUGUAUCUUGCGCCGGAAGUCUGCCACAGCCAGCCUUAUGGUAUGAAGGCUGAUGUCUGGUCGCUUGGAGUGGUCCUGUACGAGCUUUUGGCAUUAGGGCCACCAUUUACCGGCAGCAAUUUGGCAGCACUGAUCAACAACAUUGUAACUGCCACUCCUGCGCCUCUGGCGGCAGUCUUCAGCCAGUCGGUCCAGGAUCUUGUGUCUGACAUGCUGCAGAAGACCCCAGAGAGGCGGCCUUGCAUCCAAGAAGUUUUGACGAGGCCUUGCUUUGCAAUCUCUGUCUUCGAGUCAGACUGCAACACUCCUCAGGAUGAGACUUUUGUGCCGCAGCACGUGCAGCAGAAGCAUGAGAAGAUUGAGAAGCACGACAUGGCGGAUUCGCUGGAGCAUCUCCUGCAGCAGACUGACCAUGGACAUCGGAGGAAGCCACCUCUUCCGGAGAGUGCGCAGAUAGCGAACGAGUUCAGAAAGAACCGGGAUGCAGCUAUGGCUGUUAAGGCGCGUGUUGAAGGCACCGAGGGACCAUGGCAGUGGCGUCGUCGAAGCCGCAGCGAGGAGCCAGAAUAUGCCGUCAGCUCUCGAAAGGUGGUGGACGAGGCUGAGCAUCUGCGAGCAUUGCAGGAGGCAGCUGCGCAGGCACGGCGUGACCGGCGAAACGGACAGCAGCGUCUGCGCCGAGAGUUGGAGACGCCCCGAGUGCGUGAUAUGGAUUCAACGGACUACGAGCCAGCUCGGAUGCGAGCAAGCUCGGCGGAUGAAGCCAAGCAUCUUUUCGACUUGCACGAAGCAGCUGCGCAGGCGCGUCGAGAUCGACGCCAGGUUCAACAAAAGUUGAAAGAACUUGAGAAAGGCCCAGAUCCUUGCACAAACCAGGGCCUCGAGAUCGCAAACUCGCCGAGCUCACCACGGACCAAGGAGAGUCGAGAAAGUGCAGAAGCCCAGCACUUGCUCGCUCUACAGGAGGCACGCGCGCAAGCACGCCGCGAUCGGAAGCUCAUCGACGCAAAACGGAAGGCUGAGGCGGAGGAGGCAAGUGAGAACGAGAGAUCCGAAAGUACACAACGGUCGACAGUUUACAAGCCGCGCACCCCCGAGGACCGUGCAGCAGCCGAGGCAAAGCAUCUGCAGGCUCUGAAGGAUGCCGCGGCAGAGGCCAGGCGUGAGCGACGAAUGCUGCAACAAAAGAUACAACAAGAACUAGGAGGCACCUCUCAAGAUGAGUGGUGCGGGCCCGCUCCUGAGGCUGGAACCAGUCCAUAUCGACGCAGAUUGCGCCAGGCCUCGCCUAGCCCAAGCAAGUUGGAUGCAAGCUUGAAGCAGGCUGCUGGCGGCGAGAGGAAGGACUCCAGCUCUCCCGAGAUGGACGGAUUAGCUCUCUCAGACUCCUUGGCCCCGCUCAUGCCGAGCCUCCCGCGCGGAAGUGCCGAUCUUCCGGAGAGGGCUGCCCUGUCAAAUGACAAUCGUGCACCUAUUGGCCGGCUGCGACCACCAAGAGAUGCGGACACGUUGGGGUCUUUGUCGUAUUCGCUGACAGCUCCGCUGUCCUCCUCCUCGAUUAGCAAUUCUGCCCGAAAUGGGGCAGAUGAGACGACGGCCAAAGGUCUGACCUUCUACCUGCCCUUGUACUACAGGAUACGACAGUUGGCCUUGAACACAGAGAAAACUGGCCACAGAGUACCGCAGAAAAUGCAGACAGAGUUAAGAUUCCUGGAAAAGUCCGUCGCCCGCGAGAUUCGCAGCUUGAACCCCCUGCUCUUCCAGCGCUUCGACGAUGUGCAGUUGGACAGGCUGCUGCGUGCGCUGCCCUUCUUGAGGCUCUCGAUGGGCCGCUGGAUUUUCGGCAGCGAACAGAUUGCGGCCGCGUGGCCCCGGGCGACUUCUAGAUCUUUCCUGCUCAUGUCAGGCAAGGUGCACCUCUAUGUGGAUCCAAAUGGUGUUGGUGAGCGUCAAGAACUCACCAAGGGAGCCAUUUUCGGCGAAAACCACUUCAGGUUAGGGGACGAGUGCAUGAUGGACAUAGUCGGCGGUGCUGCGCAAUGCGAAGAGCCAUGCAUCAUCGGAGUUUUGGGCAAUGAGGUAUUGGAGGCUGCGUAUGCAGAUCGGGCCUUCGGAAACAGAAAGAUCGCCUUGAGUAUGCGUCACGCGCCUGCGCUCUCCAGAGUUGUGCUGCCUGAGAGUAUGACUGGACCACACAGCAAAAUAGAUUUUGCCUCCCUGUCGUUUGCCGAGAAAACGAAGAUCCUAGAGGAGAAGCAGCCAGGUGCUGUGAAACAUGCUCUCGAAGAACUAGCCAAGGUUGCCACCCAGGUCCACUUGUUGCCCGGCCAGGAAUUGCUGAGCGACCCACCCGUGGAAGAGAGCGUCGUGAUGGUUUCGAAGGGAAGCAUAGAGGUUCGCGGUGACAUCAAGCUGAGCGAAAGGCUGGAUGCUUUGCCUCCGAAGAGGAAACGAAUGCGUAUUUUCCUGGACAAGGCGGAGAAGCUCGCAGGAUUCCCUGGCCAGACUUUCAUUGAGGUGAAGAUUAAAGAACCUGCGGCUGGAUCAGUCAGAGGCAACGUCUGGGCUGCCUUUGUGCUCUGCCUUUUCCUGUGGUGGCCGUUUGCCGCAGUAGCACGAGAUGGCACUGUGUCACCGCCAACCUGCGUUGCAAUCAUCGAUGCGGCUGUGAAUUGCCCAGCUCGACCAGCCAUUGGUGCAAAGAAGAAUGUUGAGAUUCAGCUCAAGUCUGCCAAGGAUCGGCUGGAAGCGGCAGAGAAAGAGCAAGGCAAGGCAAUCGGAUUAGGUGAGUCCGACAAAGGCGAGCCUGAGAUGGUGGACUUCUGGCAGAAGGAGCUGGAACGAAUCAGCAUGAAUGAGACGUUUCUGAAGGAUCUCCAAGACAGGUUGAAAACAGACAAGCAAACUCGACUUGUCGGUCAACUCAAAAUUGAGACGUCCGAUGUCGCGAAGGAGGAACGGUUUUGGUGCGAAGCGCUUGGGAUGCAACGUUAUGCAUCACUUCCUGGUGGUAGCGUGUUGGUUGGGUUUGGUCCCCCGAGCCUUGGGGGUGAAGAGGGUGGGUAUUUUGCCAUCAAGAUUGUGCCCUCAUCAACACCAGGUGCUGGCAAAUCGGACAGAUCGUCCAAGGCACCCUGCCUGAGUUUCGUCCAAACAGUCACACCUGCCCUCGUCCGCAUCUCGAGGGUGGUUUCAACAGGAGGGCAGCUAAUUGAUGGCUAUGGUUACUAUGCCGUCCAAUCCCCUGCCGGAGUCAUGGUUCGUGCUUAUGUGGAAGACCGGCGUGAUCCCGUCGAGUUCAUCGCCUUAUCUGUGGAACCAGAAGCUUUUGAAGAGGUUAGCAAGAGCUUGCAGGAUGCUGGGCUGGAGGCACGUGGUGCUUACAAGCUCGUGUCGCCCGAAAUGCAGGCCUACAUGCCAGAGCUUCCGCCCGGCAACAUGUUGUUUGGUUCUGGAGAUGCAAGACAGAAUGUCCAGGUUUUGCUGUUGCCAGAUGUAAAGGAUUCGACAGACGCUGGCAUUGGAGGGCUCGUGAAGGAGCUCGGACGCGGUCCGACGCUGGUGGUUAACGAAGAUAGUUCGGUCGGCGUCGGAAUGUUGGAUGCAGCCGAACGUCCGCAAGUGCCUCAAUCCCUGGCCAAGAGUCCAGAGCUGACCAUAUACGGCCCAGAGACCGGUGCCACCAUUGAUGGUGGCAGCGAGAGGCAGAUUCUGGCGCUUCGUUGCUUCUUGGUUAGCGGGGACUCCAUCUUCGACAAGCUAGACCCAUAUUGCAUCGUGAAGCUUGGUGAGUUCAAGCGUUUCCAGACUCCGGUCAUGUGGAACGUUGGAGUGAACCCGCAAUUUGAGCACCGCGGCUUGAAUGUGGCUUGUGCACGCCUACAACACAGCCGCUGUCAGUGCAGUUCAAGUUUCGAAUGA